GCGCCACUGAGUUGUUUACCAACACUGCGCCACACAGCACGUGUGGAUUUUAACUUUCGUUUCGUCUAUUUCUUAGUUCUCUUAAUAUUUAUACGGUUUUAUGGAAAAGAUUGACAAGAAGAAUGCCCGGAGACUGGCUAAGGAGAUGCGCCGGGAGUUCCUCGAGGAGAAUGAGUGCGUAGAACUGGAGCCUGACUCUGAAAGGACCUGUUGCGGCACCACCAUCCAGGAAUUCGAUGCCCACACCCACGAUGCCUGGCUGCUCCAGUGCCCCAAAGGACUGGAUCCAGAGCAGCUGGUCGGCAAGAAGAUUAAGCUGCCCGGGCGCCGGUAUGUCGGCGAUUUACAAGUCAGGGCCAGCAACUAUUCAGAGCCUCUCAACGAGGCCGUGGGCUAUGUCAGCUCCAAAGGAAAGUACGCUCUCCGCAGCAUACCCUUGUCCGGGUACGUUGUGGUCAGCAAGCGGCUGAACGCACAGGAGCCAUCCGAGGAUGAUAGCGGCGCCACCUUCCCUCUGCCUCUGCCACCACUCAAGUACAAGCUGCCCGUGAGGCAUCCCUUCUUUGGAACGGACUACAAGAAGCGGAUCGAGGUGCCGGAGGUGAUUACCCAGAACCUGGGCAAGGCGGACAAAAAGAGCCUGGAGACGUCUUCCCGCUUGCGACGCACAGCCAACUUCUACACCAUUCGGAGAAAAAUGCUGACCAACAGCCAGACGUUGCAGGAGAAGGAGCUCGAUGUACGGCAGUCGGUGCUGACGGGCCUGACGCCUUCGUUCAUGAAGACGCCGGCCAAUCCGGCCAGCUACAUGGAUGCUGUGGACGAGGUGGCGAUCAAGGUGGAGCCGGUGGAUAGCGAAGAGACUCCGGCCAAGAAGCGAAAGAAGGCGAAAAGCAACGGGCAUGUUGAGGAGAUUAAAAUCAAGGAGGAACCUGUAUCCCCCAAAAAGAAGCAGAAGCGGAAAGCCAACGGCGAGGUUGUGACCAAUGGAUCAGCCACAGUUCUGGAGGAGAUUUCCAUCAAGGAGGAGCCCGUGGACUCUCCGCCCAAGAAGCGGAAGAAACGAAAGGAACAGGAAGCCAACUGAAACGAUGUAGUAGUAAAGAAGUGGAAAGCUUCUAUAGUUAUUUUUUAAAUGUAAAAUAAAGUAAAUAAUUAUGAAAUGAUUA